AUGCUUAUGUGUGUUCGUAACUAAGUACAUGCUCCGUCAGUCAUCUUUUCGCACCACAAUAAAAACACAUCAGUAAAUUUGUCCGCGAGCCGGACUUUUGUGUUGUACCUCGUGCUUAAAUGUAAUUACUGGUUUUGUUAUUACGUGAAGACUAAGCCAUUAGAGAGCAAUUUUGAAAAUUUUUAGAAAAGAAUGGAUAAUCCAUUACCACAUAUUAUGGAAAGCGUGGAUUGUGAUGGUUCAGCAAAGCCGAAAGACAGGUUAGUCAGCCUUCUUGAUCAGAUCGAAGUGCAUGUAGAACAACUGAGGAAAGAUGCUUGGAGACUCGAAGAAGAGAGAGAUACACUUCUGACUACCUUAGAUACACUUAGAAACAAUGAAAUUUUAAGUGAAUUAGAUGAAACUGACAAGGACGAUGUGAUGAGGUAUGCUGAAAGAUUGUCUAUGCGAUGUUUAACAGUUGAUGUGUUGGUUAAAGUUCAGCGUGAUCAAAUUCAAGAAGAAGCACUACAUCAGGUAAAUGGUUUAAUAGAUAGUUUAGUUGUUGGCCUCCGUGACGAUCCAACUGGAACUCGGCAGCGUUGUGCAUCUUUUAUGAAUGCUUGUACUUCACAAAGUGUUGGUCAUUCUGAUAAAAUCUUUGAAACAGCAAUUCUUGGGUGUACUAUGGAUGAUCAGAAACGAAUAAAAAAGAGACUGCAGGGACUAUUAGAUUAUAUUGAUAAAAUGCACACAAUUAAAUUACUGUAAAGAUCUAUUUGGAAUAACUGAUUUUAAAAGAAGUCAGAUAAGUAACUCUUUAAAUCAGUAAUUAAUACGACCUAGUUAUCUGAAAAAAGAUUUGAGAUAAAUUGAUCAUAGCAGGGUGCUUGAUAAUUCAAUAAUGUUUAUAGUAAAUGUACAAAAAGUAUCAUAUAUUAUGAGCUUUUUCUCUACAUGUACUAUUUCUACGCCUUGCUAUCUGGGAAAAUAAGCUUUUAUGCAUAUUACACUUGUAUAUGUGCGUUAAUUAUGAUAGGAAAUUAUUUAAAAUUACUAUAACAAAUAAUAAAUAUUUCCGUACUUACUUAAAAGAUUCCGAGAAUUAAAAUUGUUUAUUUUUAAAAUAAAUGAUUAUAACAUACAGGGUAUCCUGUGUAACGCGACUCGCUAUUUCUUUGCCAUUUGCAGCCAUGUAACAAAGAAUGUUUUGAAAGAAUUCCGAAAAUACUUUAUUUUCAUAACGAAACUAGUGUCACCGUGGUUAACAUAAAGAGGAUUAUAUGCUGCUUUUUCCAUGAAAUUGUAGAGGAUUUUAUAAGAAAUUUAAAAAGCAUAUUUCAUUAUAUUUUUAUUAACUCAAUACUAGGUUCAUUGUAGUGGAAGUAAUAUUUCACUUCCUGAUGCAUUUCAGAAUUAUUUACAUUUCAUAAGGAAGGAAUUGCUACAUCAUGUAGAGUUGUACAUCCAGCAACUCUAAUAACAAAAUAAUAACUUUCUAUAAAAGAGCAAAAUGUCGUAUUGCAGAAGACGGUAUGUAAUUUGAAUAAGUGUUAAAAUAAAGUGUGCUAUAAAUUUGGUAUUGAGUUAAUAAAUAUAUCAUGUAAUGUGCUUUCUGAUUUUAUUGUAAAGUCCCCACCAAUCUCAUGGAAAAAGCAAUAUAUAGUCUUACUUUUGUUAAAGUGACCUUGGUUUCUCUAUGAAAACGAAGUAUUUUUGGAGUUUUUCUAUCUUCAUCUUCUCUUUUCUAUCUUCUAAUAAGAAGUCAUUAAAAUUAAAAACAUUUUGUUAUGUACAGGGUGUACAAAAAAGUUGGGGAAAAACUUUAGGGCAUAUAGUAUUCAUUAAAGUAAGAAAAAGAAUCUUAAUAAACAUCUAUCUAAAAAUCAUUAGUUUCCGAGCUAGGAGAUGUUUAGUGUAUGAAAGUAUAGUGUAUAGUAAACCAGUUGCUUUGUUAAAUCAAUUGAUAUAACAAAUGGAAAACUGCUGCCAAGAAAUAAGGGAAGGGGAUCUUACAUUGUGUGCGUGAUUCUAUCAAACAAACGAACCGAAAUAUGUGUUAAAAUAAAUAAUGAACGGGAAUCAUAUCAAAUAUAUGCUGCAGAGUUACAUUAUUAUGUUAAUAUGUUAUUAACAAAAACAUUUAGUAAUUAAAAAACUAACUAUUUUUAGGCUCAAGUUUAUUUACUUACCUUUUUUUUUACUUUACUUACUUUUUACGUUUUUGUACACCUUGUAUAUGCGAUAGAACAGAAUGUAUAUAUAUACACAUUAUUAAAAUUUUGUGCAAUUUAAUCUUUGUGUGGAUAUUAUAUGUAUAUAUGUGAUUGUUUUUAGUUAUUAUAAUAUGUCUAUCCUACAAUAACUUAUUAUAUUGACCACUUAAAAAUAAUAGAGCUUACUACCAUAAAAAGACUACUAUGAAAUAUUAGUAAAAAUUACAUAUAAAUUUUAAUUAUAUUAAAAAUGUGAUUUUAAAUUUUCGCAUUUUAAAUACUAUUGAAAAUUGUAAUAUAACUUAAUUUUAAUAUUGUAGACAGAAUUAUCACAUUUAUUACAAAAUUUAUGCAAUUUGUUUUAUAUUAUAUUCGUUAUAAUAUAAAUAAGAAUUUUAUAUACAGUUUGGCAUUUUCAAAAGUUGUUCAAUUUAGGUGAGAAUUAAUUAUUUUUUUAUUUUAUAUUAUUUACGUAAUUAUCUUACUAUUAAAAAAAUCACUAAUAUUUAUAAUAUGCUAGCAUACUGCCAGGCCAUUUUAAUCGCAUACGAUCAUUAGUCACUUUUUUUUUAUAGGUUUAAUUAAAUUAUGCUUUAAAUCUAGUGCAUUUCAGUUUUAAUAUGAGCUUGAAAUUCCGAAGCAUUGUACAGUUUAUAAUGAAAACAUCUGGAGAGGAAUUCAAUUUUUGGUAAUAUCUAUUUUUUUACACAAUGAAGUUACUUAUAAUCGUAUGGUACAUAUAACUUAAAUAAAGCAAAAUAGAUUAAAAUUUGAAUAGUACACUUUUUGUAUGCUUUCUGAUAUUUAUUUUCUUUUUUAAAUUUAUCACAAUUUUUUUAGGGUAUUAAUUAAAAUAGAUUCUUUAAAAAUUAUUUUUAUGAUAUUUAAUAAUUAUGAUUCACAAAAAGGUAUUGUUUAUCAACAUAAUAUUUUCUUCCUUAUAAACUAAAAUAUUUGGUUAACAUUAUUUGUUUACAUAUAAAUUAAUGUCACUAAUAUUUUCUAAGAAUUUGUGUGGAAUGAUUUAAUUCUUUUAAUUAUAGAAGCUCUAUUUUACUAAAUUACGGUAUUUAAAAUUCCAUUGUUUCCUUUUACCGAUCACUUAUAGUUUAGUAAUUUAGUAUAUGACUCAUAUAAAAAAACACUAUGUUCAUCUCCAGCGUUCAUACGAAUAAUAUAUUUACAGAAACAUAAAAAAUAUUCCAUGUUCUUAACACAAAUAUAAAAAGUACUUAAUACAGGAAACAUUUAAAACAAUAAAGUGCUUAAAAAUUGACGUAUUUACACAUGUUCGUAACAGUAUCGAAGAUAAUAGAAAAAUUGAUAAUAUUCAAUAAUAAAAACUGAAUUUAUAAAAGAAUAUAAAAAAAAUGAUUCAAUUACAUUCGGUUAUUACUUUAAACAAAUUAUACUUUUCUUUUUAUCUCGUACUUUAUAUACCUUCUAUAUUUUUCACAUUUUAUUUAAUAAAAGUAUCUAACUAAGCAGUAUUUAGUUAAACUGAUAUUUUUUUCAUUCAUAAUUAACAAACACUGCGUAAUAAUAAUGCAUAAUUGAAAUAAAUUAAAGCGAAUUAUGAAGUGGUAGCUCUUCUAUAAUCGUUUGUCGAAGGAAAUGUGUAUCACAAAUUAAUACACGCAAUACUGUUCAAAAUUAAUCGCAUUCAAUUUUUCUCGUUAUAUCUUUGAUACUCUGCGUAAAAUACUGUGCGUAUUUUAUAACAAUCCUAAAACCAAUUUUAUAGGCAUCGAAACAAUCGUACAAAAGCUAUUUAUAUCUUCAUAAAUAUGAAUAUAUCAGUCUGUACAUGGUUGAAGUAUUCGUUACAAUUUAUCGCGUAUUUAUCCACGCAAAGACUAAAGUAGCCUACAAGCGUUUUUUACAAAAUUUUUUUUCUUAUGAUUCUUUGCCUUGGUUCCUGGUCGCAAAACUAUGGUACCAUUCCCUGUAUUCCGACCACACGUGGAUCCAUUCGGACUAAAUGCACCUAUAACACAUACAUACAUAUAUUUUUAUAAAUUAUGAAAUUUGUCAUUUAGAAGUAGCUAAUAAUAAUUGAAUUUAUAGUACAAUAUCUUACACUCCGUUUCGUACUUCUACACGUUAACAUGUUAUAUUAAAUACAUGUAACGUGUAUGUUGCUAAAUAAUUUUAGAAACUUUAAUUAAUAUAUUCUGUAAAUAAUCUAUAUGCUGUAAACAGUUACUUGUACAAUUACUUGUACAAUUUGUGUUAACAAAUAAACUAAUUAAUAUCGUAUAA